GGGCAGGGUGCCAUUUGCUGUGCCCGACAAAGUGCUGUGGCCACAGCUGUGCGAGGCGCUCAACAUGAAAUUCAAGGCCGAAGUACAGAGCAACCGGGGCCUGACCAAGGAGAACCUCGUGUUCCUGGCACAGAAGCUGUUCAACAGCAGCAGCGCCCACCUGGAGGACUACAGCAGCAUGUCCGUGUCCUGGUCCCAAUUCAACAGGGAGAAUUUGCCGGGACGGAAUUAUACUUUCUGGCAGUGGUUUGACGGUGUGAUGGAAGUGUUAAAAAAACAUCUCAAGCCUCAUUGGAAUGAUGGGGCCAUCCUGGGUUUUGUGAACAAGCAACAGGCUCAUGACCUCCUCAUUAACAAGCCAGAUGGGACCUUUCUGCUGAGAUUCAGUGACUCAGAAAUCGGUGGAAUCACCAUUGCCUGGAAGUUUGAUUCUCAGGAGAGGAUGUUUUGGAAUCUGAUGCCUUUUACCACCAGAGACUUUUCCAUCCGGUCACUGGCCGACCGUCUGGGGGACUUGGAUUACCUUAUAUACGUGUUUCCUGAUCGGCCAAAAGAUGAAGUAUACUCCAAAUAUUAUACACCAGUUCCAUGCGAGCCUGCCACUGGUAACAAUGUUCGCAUUCUGAUUUCAUUUG